AGGGUUGCCACAGUGUUGGUUUUAUUUCUCUGUCCCUCUCUUCUUAAUGCACUUCAUUGCUUUAUUCCAGAGCAGGACGGCGCUACCCGAGAGGACAACACUGAGCUGAACAGAGCUGGAACAAACGACAAAGGGGACACUGUUCAAAUCAAAUGACUGAAAAUACAUCAUUUGUUCCACUUUUCUUGGGGCUCAUUCUCACUGCGACAGGUGUAUAUGCCUCCUGUCCCAUUGAGUUGAGCCCCCCCAGUGUUGUGGUGAAAUAUGGACACUCAGUCUCAGUCAACUGCAGCACAUCAGAGGUUCUGUUCGAUGGAAUCGGCUGGGAGGUUCCACAAGGAGGCACAGGCGUAGAGAAGGUCAACCAUUUAACCUGGACUGUGGAGAGCCUAACAGAUUGGGACAUUUCUCCCCAUUGCUUCUUAAACCCACCACCAAACGGGACAUUUCAACAGUGCUCCAGGACAGCAAAAGUUGUACUUUAUACGUUCCCAGAAAAAAUUAGCAUCAGCUCCAACAGUGACUCCACUGUGAUGAUAGAAAAGGAAGAGUAUAACUUCACAUGUCACAUCCACCACGUAGCACCUGUUCAAAAUCUCACUGUCAGAUGGUACAAGGGGGAUACGCUAAUCCAUACAGAAACCUUUGGCAAUUCCAAUAAGCAUCCAGUGGAUCAGUUAUCUGUCUACAGCUUUACUCCGACUAGAAAAGACAACGGAGUCACAUUCAGAUGCGAGGCUCACAUGGACCUGGGGCCAGAAGGGCCACAUCAUAGUGUGUCAUCAGGAGAGUUUUAUAUCAUAGUUUCCUUUGGCCCAGACAUACAAUGUUCUGUCAUUGACUUAUCGGAAGGGCAAACUUUGGAUGGACAUUGUCCUGCGGAAGGAAAUCCCAUCCCGCAGCUCACGUGGAAAAAAGACGGCCAGCAGGUAGACCCGAGAAUCCCUCUGAGCAGGGGGAACGCAGGGUCGUACACCAUUGUAGCUGAGGGCAAUUCCUUAGCUGUAAAGGAGAUCACGGUUCGUGUAUCGUAUAAACCAGAGCUGUGGUGUCCAAGCUCUUACACCGCACUGGAGUAUGCUCCUCACAACCUCACCUGCACCUUUGAUGGCUUUCCUCAACCUCAGAUAGUGUGGUACAAAGAUGGUGAGGAGGUGGAACUUCCAGAGAACUUUACAAGAAGUGACUCAGGACAGUACUUGAUCACAGCUUCAAACCGUCUGUCAAGUACGAACCUCACAGUGGAGAUUAUUGUGCAUUCCCCGCCAUCACAGAUAGUUGAACUCGAAGACACGGAAGCUGAGGUCGGUUCUGAUGUGUCGCUGAAAUGCUCCUCCUCGGGUAACCCACGACCAGAGUAUAACUGGACUUAUUACCAGGCGGACAAUGUGGUGGAGGCAUAUGAGGACGGAGUUACCCGUCUGCUCAUCCACAACGCUACUGCAUACAACAUUGGCUCCUACACAUGUCACGCCUUCAAUCACAGAGGAAACGUCUCUAAAACAGCCAGAGUCACUGUAAAGAAUGCCACGCAAAAAUGCCCUAUCGAAAUAACUCCAGACAGGAUGGUGGUACAUUACCAAGGACCGAGCCAGACUGCAACAUGCAACCCAAAACACAGCGGAAAUGAGAUAGAUAUACGCUGGCUGGUUCAGCAAGGCAUCGGAAGUAACAGCACAACUUGGCGUGUUGACACCCAUAACGACUGGGACCCUAGACCUGUUUGCAUUGCAACGUUUAAGGGCAUAGGAACAUGCAAUAAAUCUUUAAGCUUCACUCUCUAUAAACCACCAGAUGCUGUCUUCCUCCGUCCUUUCACUGACUUGAGUUCAGUGGUAGAGGGUGAAGAGGUCCAGCUCCAGUGUGACAUUAUCAAUGUGGCUCCUGCAUGGAACGUCACUGUGCAGUGGUAUCAAGGGAAUGGCACCCUCGAACCAUUUACCAGAGGCUCAGUGCGAGUGACUGGCUGUCUGAGUGAAAACGGCACAGGCUGUGACAUCAGUCAGAUCAAAUCUCCAGUUAAUGUGUCGUCUACCAUCAGCAUCACUGUGAACAGAACACACAGUGGGGCAGAGUUCACAUGUGAGGCUCAGAUGGACCUGGCACCUGAGAAACCGAUGUUGAUGUCCCAUCCUGUCAAGAUCACCGUCCACUAUAAGCCCACCAUUAACACCACAAAGCUUCCAAAGACAGUCCCAGUGUUCAGAGGUUACCCCGAGGACCUAACUUGUGAGGCUGAUGGUUACCCACCUCCAAAGAUCCAGUGGGUCUACGACACAGACAAAGUGCCCCAUGUGUCUGAAAACACACUCACCGUGUCUGAAGCAGGCUUCUACAACUGUACUGCUGCCAAUGAACAUGGUUCCGUCUUCUAUGUGGUCAAAGUGAUUUUAAAGGAGGACUACCUGCCCCUCAUAGCUGGAUUUGUGGCAGUCACAGUAGUCGCGAUCUCCAUCAUCUUCCUCUUCAUUUACUCAAUCUACUACAAGAACACCAAGAUGCGUCGCUACAGUCUUAAAAACCCCAAACUCAGCACCCACAAUGGUAACGUAGCUCACAGCUGGGACACGCAGUUUCCUAUGACCAAACUGUCUUAGCGAUGCAUCAGUAGAUAUCACAGAAUGGAUAGCUGACCACUCUGAAUGAGCUGCAUCUCUCUGCUACUACAGUCUACGGUGUCUGAGAUGUACAAUUCUAUAUUUACUACUGGAUUCUUCCUGUUUUCACUGGACAGAAAGAACAAGAGGAGCAAGGUCUCAAGGUCUGUUUCUUUGUGAGCACAAACUAAUCUGAUUAUGAAUGUUUUGAUUUCAGGUUUGAUUUCCCAUAUUCAUUUGUAUUUAAACUCAGACCCCUAUGUAUGUCAUUAUUUUGCAAUUACUUUUUGUAUGCUUUUUAAGAGUUGAUGAGCCUAACACUGCUGGAGUUUUAACAGUCUCACAAACAGGAAGUGCACUGCCGUACUUGUUUUUUUGUUUGAUGCUGGGCCCUCUGAACAUGUGUGAAAGGUUCCACAGGUGUGAAAAUGUGCUCAUUGUGUGAAUACUGUGUGCAUACCAUUUCUUGAGCCCACUGUCCCUUCACUAUUCUUUCUAAGCCACUCUGCACUCCUUUCUGUUUGUAGCCUUCUCUGUGCCUGGCCCUUUGUCGUGCCAUACUGUGCCAGGCUCUGGCCUUAUGGGACAAAUUGUCUUGUUCCACAGUUGUAUCCUUUUGUAUGAAUGACUGUGGGCAUUAUAGCCUAUCAGAACUGUAUAUUCAGGAUAUUUUUAUAUGUAAAUGCAAUACUGAAUAUUUAUUUAUGAGAAACAUUAAGAUGGAACAAAUUAGCAUUGGAAAUGGACUGCAGAUAGAUGUGUAAACAUUGCACAGGAUGGAAUAGUUAGUGGAACUGAAGUCCUACCUGUGAUUUUAAGGACAUGAGAGUAUUGUAUUUGUGAAUACUGCUGUAAAUAUUUAUGACUGGUGUAAACAGUAUAAACAGUAUUUUGUUAUUAAAAACGUGGCUUUUUAAA